GCGGGCAGUUCGAGUUCCGAGUCCUCAACAACGCCUGGCAACCCUGCGCCCUAAACCUUUUGAUCGCUUAUAUCAAUUGUGGAAUUGGAAAGGGACGGUAUGAGCUGAGAUUACAGACUUGCUACUUUUUUGCACCAGCCAGCUCCUUCGCCAUGCUGGAGAACCUCUGCACCCUCCCGCUGUCGGCGGACCUGUUCACCCAGGUGCUGCACCCGUCCAAGCCGCUCCUCACUGUCGGCUUGUCCAACGGCCGUGUCGAGAGUUUCCAGUUACCGAGCGAGGACGAUGAUGGCAGUAGCUCAAACAGCGGCAAGGGUCUGAUCAAGAGCGUGUGGAAUACUCAUAGACACAAGGGGAGUUGCCGCUACUUGGCUUAUAGCCAUGACGGAGAAGCCCUCUACUCCGCCGGCACCGACUCGGUUGUCAAGCAUUUCUCCCCCGAAACCGGCAUCGUCGUUUCCAAGAUCGGCCUACCCCCCCGCAACAGCGCCACGAGCACAACCGAUUGCCCCGCCAUCCUCCACGCCCUCUCCCCCCAGACCCUCCUCCUCGGCACCGACUCGGGCGGCCUCUACAUCUUCGAUCUCCGCGAGAAUGGCAGCCUGAACCCGAAACCGGUGCGCAAGCAUGUGCCGCAUGCCGACUACGUCUCGAGCAUCACGCCGCUACCGGCCUCGGCCGAGAGCACCUCUGGUUUUUCCAAGCAAUGGGUAUCGACGGGGGGGACCACAUUGGCCGUCACGGACCUCCGUGCCGGGAUAGUCGCGACCUCGGAAGACCAAGAGGACGAGCUGCUAUGCUCCACCAUCAUCCCGACGGGCCUGGGGCCCAAGCGCAUGCGCAACAACGCCGUCGUGGCUGUCGGCACCGGCGGCGGGAUCCUGACGCUUUGGGACCGCGGCACGUGGGACGACCAGCAGGAGCGUAUCUACAUCGCGGCAGGGAAGAACAAGAGGGACGGUGACAGCCUGGACGCCAUUGUGCGCGUGCCCGACGAGCUCGGGUGGGGAAAGAAGGUGGUUGUCGGCGUGGGCGACGGCAGCAUGGCCGUCGUGGACCUGAAGCAGCGCGAGGUGCAGGCUGUUUUCAAGCAUGACGAGAUUGAGGGUGUUGCGGCUCUGGACUUUGACUACCAGAACCGCUUGAUUAGUGGUGGCGGGAGGACGGUCAAGGUCUGGGCCGAGUCGGGGAUCGACGCCCACGAAGACGAGGAAGCGGAGCAGGAGCCCACCGCGAUCAAAAGGGCUGCGGAUAGCGAUGACGACUCCGAGGACGACAGCGACAGCGAUAAUGAGCGUCCCAAGAAGCAGUCGAAGAAGAAGCGGAAGAAGGGCAAGGGCAUCCCCGGAAGGAGUGUGGCCUUCCCCGGGUUGGAUUAAGUCGCCGUUUGCACUCCCCGUACAACGGCUUGUAUUACUGAUGGCCUGUCGGUGCCACGCGACUCCAGCCCGUCUAAGAUAGACUGCGGAUCGCAACUGACACAUCUCUGCACAGUUAUUAUUACCCGGGCCUCAUCCAAGCUCUCCGCUCUGGUGCGGUGAAUUGCAACCUCGGCUAAGUUUCAGUUUCUGGCAUGCUCGAGUUUGUGAGGGCCUGGAGUUGAUAGGAGUCUGAGCCCUGUUGCACCUCCGACCAACCAACUCCUCGGUUAAGCAGGCCUUGUGUGGCGGUUACCCGAAAUCCUGUUACAGGAGUGGAGGCGCGAGGGCCGACGAAGGGCCUCAUGUGACCUUCACAACCUCGCUUGACGAUACCAGUUCUAUCAGAAAGAUGCCUCCUUUUUGACUUGUAUAAAACCGGCCAAACGGCCCAGGUAGCGCCCUGAAUAUGGAGUUCAUUAUUCUCGUUAU